AUGGCUGAUGGAAAUAUAACACCUGACGUUCUAGAACAUUUAUCUCAAAGAACUACACAGAACCAUAAAGAUGGUAUAUUUGGUGAAGAGUUUAGAAAGAAAGUUAGGGAGACAGAAGGAAGAGAACCUAUUGUACAUGACCUUGCAAACGAAAGUUUACAAAAUGUCAUAAAAACUUACUUUGCAGACAAUGAACCGAGAAGGGAUGAAUAUUUAAGAAAACUCAAAUGGACAGUACCAAAUGAAAUGUUAGUAUUGAAAAACAUGUUCCUUGACAAAAUAAAACCAACUACAGAAAUAAAUGACGCAAGACUGAAAGAUUGGGUAAAAGCUUUCCCAUUCACAAAAGAUAUUGUUGGUAACAUGGAAAGAAAACCAGAAUGGCUACAAAAACAUAUAUUUGGAAACGAGCAUAUUCCAUAUGGACAGGCACUGUUUGAAGAGCUUGAACCGGAAACUCAGGAAAGAGUCAUGCAAACAAUACGCGAAGACUCAAAUACAGACUAUGACAAACUCUUUCUAGGAUAUAGGUUACCUGAGAUGGGCGACCAGAGCCAAAAGGCAAAAAGGACAUGGGAAAUUUGCAACAUACUAGAUGAACAUAAUGCAAAGAUGCAACAACUUCAAGCAGAGGGCAAUGAAGGAAAAAGAAGAGUUAAAAACUCAGUCAGGAAGAAAGUAAAGCUUGGUACGAGUGGGUUCUAUUAUGACACAUAA